GUGUCCGUGAAGUAUGCGAUCCCCAUCAUUAUGGGAGCAAACAUCGGUACGAGCGUCACCAACACCAUUGCCGGGCGCUCAGGACUUCAUGAGACGUUCUUCUUGCGCAUCUCCAAGUUUGGGGUGUCCAUGGCACAUGCUGGCGAGCGUCUGGAGCUGGAGCGUGCUUUCUCUGGCGCGACAGUCCAUGACAUGUUUAACAU